CUUAUUGCAACUCAUUGCUUUGAAUUUAAGGAACUGAUUUUUUACUGUGAGAAGUAAUGGCGUUGGCCGAAAUUUGCAAAAUUUCAAAUGCUUCGUACAUGAGGCCCACAGCAUGGGCAACUGACGACGUGAACGAGUUGAAGAGCUACGCCUCUAAUUUUGAAAAUCCGUACACAUUGGCUGCGCCGCCAUUUGCGAAUCCUGUAGAGAACUUGAAUAAAAUUCAAGCAAAUGCAGAUAAGACGGGCAUUAAGAUCGAAUUUGAUCACGGCACCACAACGUUGGGCUUCAAGUUCAAGGGUGGUGUCAUUUUAGCCGUGGACUCGCGCGCCACUGGAGGACAGUACAUUGGUUCGCAAUCUAUGAAAAAGAUUGUCGAAAUUAAUGAUUUCUUGCUGGGAACCUUGGCUGGUGGCGCCGCCGAUUGCGUCUAUUGGGAUCGGGUGCUGUCAAAAGAAUGCCGGCUGCAUGAGCUACGAAACAAGGAGCGCAUCUCAGUCGCCGCUGCCAGUAAAAUCAUGGCUAACAUCGCUCAUGAAUACAAAGGCAUGGGCUUAAGCAUGGGCAUGAUGUUAGCUGGCUAUGACAAACGCGGCCCCGGCUUAUACUAUGUCGACUCUGAGGGCUCUCGCACCGCUGGUAACCUGUUCUCAGUAGGAAGUGGCUCGAUCUUCGCAUAUGGUGUGCUCGAUUCUGGCUACGACUACAACCUGGAAGACGAAGCAGCUCAGGAAUUGGGCCGUAGAGCCAUUUACCAUGCCACCCAUAGAGAUGCCUACUCCGGUGGUAUCAUCCGUGUAUAUCACAUGACGAAGAAUGGGUUUAAGGUCAUUUCAAAUGAGGACUGCGAGAUGUUGCAUUACAAAUACCAGGCCGAAAAAGCGGCCCAGUAAUAUUAGACAUGUUCAUUUGAUUUAAACUAAUAAUAAACAACAACGGUUUUUAAUGGAACCACAUAA